AUGGUCUUAAAAUGAAUGCAUUUCUCACCAAUGUUUUCAUUAAAGGAUGUCCUCUAUAUUCAAGCUGGGCUUGGAGUCCUAACCAAUAUGUUUCUCCUUUUUUUCUAUUCUUUCACAAUCCUAGGUCACAGGCCUAAGCCUAUGGACCUGAUGUCUUGUCAACUAACCUUCAUUCACAUAAUGAUGCUCCUCACAGGAGGAGACAUUUGGCUUACAGACAUAUUUGAGUCACUGAACAUUGAGAAUCACAUCAAAUGUAAGGCAACUUUCUACAUACACAGGGUAAUGAGAGGCCUCUCUAUCUGCAUCACCUGCCUAAUGAGUGUGUUCCAGGCUGUCACUAUCAGUCCCAGUAACUCCUUGUUGGCAAAAUUUAAACCUAACCUUAAAAAAUACAUGAUCUAUGCUUUCUUAUGUAUUUGGUCUUUGAAUUUGUCCUUCAGUAGUAACCUGAUCUUCUAUGUUGGUGGAUUUACCAAUGUGAGUGAGACCAACCAGAUGAAGGUCACUGAAUCCUGCUCAAUGUUCCCAGUGAACUACAUCAUCAGGGGAUUGUUUUUAACAGUGACAACCUCCAGAGAUGUGUUUCUUGUAGCAGUUAUGUUGACCACAAGUGCAUAUAUGGUGAUUAUCUUAUUCAGACAUCAGAGGCAAUGCAAGCAUCUUCAUAGCAUCAGCCACCAGAGAGCAUCCCCUGAGAAAAGGGCCACGCAGAUCAUCUUGUUGCUGGUGGUUUUCUUUGUGAUCUUAUACUGGGUGGACUUUGUCAUCUUAUUUACCUCAGUCCUUCUGUGGAUGUAUGACCCAGUCAUCCUGACUAUUCAGAAAUUUGUGAUGAAUGCCUAUCCCACCAUUACUCCUUUGGUACACAUCAGUUCUGAUAAGAGAAUCAUCAAUGUGCUGAAAAUCUUGCAGUUAAAAUGCCACUAG